AUGAAAUUAAAUCAAAAUGAAUUUAAAUUUUAAACUGAUGGAGACAAUGUUAUUAUUACAUUUACUUUUUUAAGUUAUAUAACUAGUAAUAAACCAGAUCAUAUGUCAUAAUUUACAGAUAUCACAUUUUCUAGAAUUGUUUUAAAUGAUUGUCAUUAUUAAUGGAAAGAAAAAGUUUAAAUAUUACCUACUAAAUUCAUGUUAGAUUCUUAAAUAAGAAAAAGUUUAUAAACUUCUACAAAUAAUGAAAUAUUGCCACAAUAAAUAAAUAAGAAAAUAGAUAUAAAUUUUCCUGAAAUAAGAGAUGAACUUAUCUUAUUGUUAGAGACCACUCUUGAAGAUGCAAGAGAUAAAGGUAUCUUAGAUUAGAUAGUUAUAGAUUUAUCAGAUAAUAAUGAUAAAUUUGCAAUAAGUGUAAUAAUAAUUAUUAUAUAUUCUAGGAAUAUGCAGAUAGUAUAGCUAAUUCUCCUCCUUCAUUUAAUACUCCUUAAAUUAAUUCAACUAAAUUAUAAGAUUUAAUUAAAGAGAAAUUCAAAAAACGUUUGUCUAGGGCUAAAAAAACAAAGAAGAAAAAGAAAUUAGUCAAAAAUAAUUAUAAUGUAGUUUUUCCUAGAAGAAAUGAUUCAAAUUGUAAAAGUAAUCAAGAACCUGUUAUGUUUAAUUUUAAUAAAGAUGUUUAAUAAAAUAGAGAUAAUAGAAUUAAUUUAAAAUGGACACAUCGUUAUAAUGUUAUAUAACCUCCAAAAACUGUUAAUGAAAUACUUUGUUAUGUUUCCAAUAUAAAAUUAUCAAAUGAUAUCAAAACCAAUUUUGGAAAUUCUACUUAUGAUAAUUUUGAAAUAAAAGAUCCUAUAAUUGUAGUUGAUAUAGUAGAUGUAAUUAGACUUUAUAAAUAAUAUUUAUUAGCUGGUAAAUAAUUUUAUUUUAUUAUGUUAUUUGUUAAAAAAUAAUAAGAAAUUGCAGACUUUGCAGAUAUUGUUCAAAAAAAUGAAUAAGAAUUUGUCCAGUAAAAUCCAAAAUUUUAAUAGACUUAUUUGA